UCAUAUUUCAUACUUCUGUUCUUUGAGCCAGAAAAAGUAACGAACAUUAUAAUAUGCCGCGAUCGCAAGUUACUUCGGAAACAAAUGUUAUCCCUUCCAGCGGAGAGGUGCCGUUUCAACGAUUGAAAUUUGAAAAGUAAACUCAUCGUAACUUCUUGACCAGGCAUCAGUUUUCCGAAGCCUCGUUAUCAGUUUUGCUGUUCGAAAGUUACAGCUACAAUAUCCAACAAGUUGAGUUUGGUUUAUCUACACACGGUUGAUCGUCAUGGACCCAACAAAACUCCCUUCAAUUAUAUGGUGCUGACUGCUGAGUAGCGAACACGUGGGAUUGUGGAUUAGGAAUCUAGCAAGUGGGUUUAAUUUCUGAUUCAUUGGUCUUCACAAUACCCUAUCCGUUAUACACAGCCCCUGCCAUUCUUGAGUGAACCCCCAUGAGAAAAUUCCAAAAACCCUCUCUUAAACCCCUCCCUCAACUUUGAUUUCUUCUUUCUUUCGCUCCUGAAAUCUUUAAUGGCGUCCAUAUCUAGAUUUGUUCUCAAAGAUUGCAACUUUAAGACAUGCGAUGUGGUUUAUAGAUCAGACUCUUGUUUCCUUGCUGGGAGAGCACAAGCUCAUCUGGAUGUAAGAGGAGUUUAUUUGCCUGAGAAUGGAAGAAGUUUGACCCUUCAAAGCAAGUCACAGAGUCCAAUUCUUUCUCUAGCAUCCCCUUCUACAAUUUCGAAGAACAAGAGGAACUCCCCAGUUUUAUGCAAUGCGGUGACAAAUAUGUCUGGAGAUGUCCCCAAUAGUACACCCGGUGGAAUGAGCAAGUAUGAGAAAAUUAUAGAAACUUUGACCACUCUUUUUCCUGUUUGGGUCGUAUUGGGCACCAUUGUUGGAAUUUACAAGCCAGAAGCGGUCACUUGGUUGGAAACAGACCUUUUCACUCUUGGACUGGGUUUCCUCAUGCUUUCAAUGGGAUUGACGUUGACAUUUGAGGAUUUUAGACGAUGUCUACGAAAUCCGUGGACUGUUGGUGUUGGAUUUCUUGCUCAGUACUUAAUCAAACCCAUGCUUGGAUUUGUAAUUGCUAUGUCUCUAAAGUUGUCUGCGCCCCUUGCAACUGGUCUUAUAUUGGUCUCAUGUUGUCCUGGAGGCCAGGCAUCUAAUGUUGCAACCUAUAUAUCCAAGGGGAAUGUAGCACUUUCAGUUCUUAUGACAACCUGUUCAACUAUUGGAGCUAUUGUGAUGACACCACUUCUUACUAAGCUUCUUGCGGGUCAGCUUGUUCCAGUUGAUGCUGCGGGCCUGGCUCUCAGCACUUUUCAGGUUGUUUUGGUGCCAACGAUUGUUGGAGUGUUAUCAAAUGAGUUCUUCCCGAAAUUCACUUCGAAAAUUGUUACAAUCACACCUUUAGUUGGAGUUAUUCUCACUACGCUGCUCUGUGCAAGCCCAAUAGGGCAAGUUUCAACUGUUCUGAAAACUCAAGGAGCACAAUUGAUACUUCCGGUGGCUCUCCUACAUGCUGCUGCAUUUGCUCUUGGUUAUUGGCUCUCAAAAACAUCGUUUGGUGAAUCCACCUCUCGAACCAUAUCCAUAGAGUGCGGGAUGCAGAGCUCUGCGCUUGGAUUUUUACUCGCUCAGAAACAUUUCACAAAUCCCCUCGUCGCCAUCCCUUCAGCUGUUAGUGUAGUUUGCAUGGCGCUUGGUGGGAGCGCUCUUGCCGUCUUUUGGAGGAACAGGCCAAUUCCUUCUGAUGACAAAGAUGAUUUCAAGGAAUGAUAAAUAUUAGCCUUUAAAACCUUCUUCCAGUUGGUAGUUUUACAAGAGACAUUUUUCGCUAUGAUCCAGAGAAAAUUUAUGCUGUCAUCUAUUCAAGGAUGAACCCCCUACGUGCUCGAUGGCAGAAACUUAUCUGGAUCCUUUGAAUAAUGAAAAGGGAAUUUUAUAUCCGCUUGGCCAACUGUAAGUCUGAUCAAAUCCAGUUAGGAUAGAGCAUCUUGUAAACUUGAAGGUUUUAUUAGAGUUUUGAGGUUCUGUUUGUUUUUA